ACUUUCUUUCAUUUAUAGAAAUACGUUAACAGUCUGUGGAUGUGCUUAGAACAGAAAAGAAUAAUAAUAAUUUUGAAGGCGCAAAAACUAUUUGCCAUUUAAAUAAAAAAUAUACUCUUAAAUUAUGUUAUUGCUAUAAUAGUUUUAAAGAAACAACAACAAUAAAAAAAGAAAUAUGCAACUACACACGUGUUAUCUAAUUAAAAUAAUAAAUAAUGUGUUGUAAAAUCGUUUUAAAAGUAAAAAAAAUAUAUACAUAAAUAAAUAUUUCGAGUGUAAAAAUAUUUGGAUUAAUAUGCCAAAGAAAAAAUGCAAACUAUAAACAAUCAAAUUUAAUUACCGUUAUACUCACAAAAGUUGUUAAUGCUUCUAUACCUCGUUUCUCUAUUUUGUUUGUUUCUGUUUUGUGCUAUCUUUGUAUUUUUAUCCAACAACCCCGGUAUUUAGAUACAAUUCAUACUUUUCUUUAGUGUCGUAUUCGCCAAAUGUCAAAAUAAAACGUAGAAGUUAAUAAACAAAACAUUAAAAUAGCAAUAAAGGCAAAAUAUCUGGAUACUUUAAAAAUAAAUAAUAUUUCAAACUUGUUAUUUGCAUAAUUUUUUCAUCAUGGAUGAUGAAUUUAAAUUAUGCUGGAAAAAUUUCCAGGACAAUAUUGCUAGUGGUUUUCAAAGUCUUUAUGAUCGUGGAGAUUUAGUAGACGUAACACUGGCAUGUGAUGGAAAGUUACUACAAGCUCACAAAAUCGUCUUGGCAAUUUGUAGUCCAUAUUUUCAAGAGAUUUUUAUUUCGAAUCCCUGUAAACAUCCCAUAAUUAUCUUAAAAGAUGUGUCCUAUAAUAUCAUGUGCGAACUUUUAGAAUUUAUGUAUCAAGGUGUUGUAAAUGUUAAACACGCCGAGUUACAAGCGUUCAUGAAAAUUGGGCAACUAUUACAAAUUAAGGGUCUCGCUACAAAUUCAUCAUCUUCAGCAGCUUCAACGAGUUCAGAGAAAUCAUCAAAUAAUAAUCAAACUACUGUAAUGAAUGAUGAAUCUUCAUUUACACCAAAACCAUCAAUUUCUUCCGCUACAGAAUCAGCAAGCAAUGAAGAUAACUCUAAUGUUGGUGGCGAAAAACCAUCAGAGACCAAUAGCAAUCCGAAUACACCGCACAGAUCACAAUCACCUGUGUUAUCACCAGCAGCAUCACCCAUGAACAACAACUCUUUAAAUUCUGGCACAAUAAACCAAGUUAACAAAUCAGAUGAUUCGCACCUAUCACUGCAACAACCAUCAAAUCAUGGAAGUAGUAGUGUUUCUGGUGUCAAACGUCACUCUGAUUAUAGUACUGAUUCAUUAUCGAUAUAUUCUCGCAAUAAACAUAGACGUUCUAUAACUUCCACAGAUCAUAGUAGUGAAAAUACUGAUGGACCCGAUGGUGGGAGCGUUUCUGGUGCAAUGGAACAAAUGAAUACAGAAGAUUUCUUUUUACCACAUAUUUCCAUGGUGGAAUCACGUUAUGAAUUAAAUAAUAUAAAACGCGAAAACUCCGACCAUCACCAAAACACAGGUGUGCCAUCGGCAGCAGCUGUAGCGGCUGCCUCAGCUUCUCUACGUAAUUCUUUUAAUACCGCAGCAUUUGGACUAGAUUAUACUUUUUAUAAGAAUAACAACAGUGCUUCUUCGCAAUCCGGUCAAGAAUAUCCAAAUGAGUUACAUAUGUCGAAUGAGUAUUCGAAGAGCUUCGCUAAUCACAUGGAUAUACCUCCAAACUGUCCAAACGUAGUGAUGCUCAGUUCUACAUCCUUAUUGCAUGGAAACUGUGUAUUUAAUCGAAAUAAUACGGUGGCAACGCAGCAAGGUAUGAAAACGUAUUGGCUGUGCAAAUCGUAUCGCAUAAGUAUGUGUCGAGCACGUUGUAUAACGCAUCAAGGCAAAAUAAUAUCGGCCACGGGGGUUCACAACCAUCCGCCACAUAUGCGUGGAAAUAGCAUUAGUGGCAGCAGUUCUGGAACUAAUGGAGGUGGGAGUUCGGGGAAUACUGGCGCCAACAACAUUAUCAACGCAGCACCCACCACUUCUCCUCAUACAGGAAAUAGUGCUGGUGUUGGCCUGCCACCAACAUCAAGUAGUUCGGGACCAAUUGGUUUACGAUUUCCCCAAAACAGUGGCCCAAGUGGGAAUGUCAAUCAACAGACUUAUCAUGAGCAUCAUCACUCAGCGACAUCGCCGCCGCAAGCGCCACCUCCAUCAUCGUUUGUGUCUAAUCCACAUAUACAUUCCGGCAAUACUAGUAAUAGCAACGUGCCACCACCGCCACAUUUAUUUUUACAAUCGAUGCCGAAUCUAUUAGUACAGCAUUAUCCAACUAGCCAAUCAACUCAAAUAGUGCAGCAACCCACAUUCCCGCCACAACAUCAUAGCGUUUUGCAUAAUUAUGAAAUGAAUUCAGCAAUGCAAUCUUUACCCUCGAAUGAACACCCAAGAAAUGCAAAUUCAUCCUUCGAUCCGAAUGAUAAACCUAUGGAUGCACUUAACAAAGAUCACUUAAAUGAUGAGCAUAUGCAUAUGCACAAUGUCGGAGCAAUGUCUCCCACCGGAAUGCACAACAGUAGUAUUAAAGCAGGCCACGUUGAAUCUCUUACACAUAACAAUGAAAUUGGAAAGAAAAUUUCCUCGUCAGAUCACCAUCAAGUACAAGUGAUAGAUUCUAUUACAAUAUCUCCAGGCAGUGGGCAUAAUUUCAAAAUGGAAUCUAUGUAAAAUCAAAUAGAAGAUGCUAUUCCUUACGGCAGGAUAACGUAGAUUUAAAUACAUGCACAGUUUUUAUUUUAAGAAAAAUUCUUUAAUGCUGUUUUUAAUAAAUCUAACUAUGUAUGUACAUAAUAAUUUAAUACAGUGUAUAUGACAUUAAUGUUUAAAUUAGAUACGUAUGUAUCUCCAGCAGCUAAGUGUCCGCGAGCUGUGGAUUUUACCUAUCAUUGGGCGAGCCACAACUGGUUACAUAAUUAAAAAUUUGAUCUCACAUGCAUUACAAAGGGUAAAAUUUAUAUUUCUCGUGGGUAAACUAACUACAACCUACAGUGCAUUACA